UUCAAUAAGACUGAGCUGGUGGUCUUGACAACGUUGUGUGUUCCGCUGCUACUGGUGGGCCUCAUUGGCAACGCUUUGACCAUACUGGUCGUGUGGCUCCGUCCACAGAUGCGAAGCACCACCUACCUGUACCUGAGCAGUAUGGCUGUGUCUGAUAUUCUCAUUCUGCUGCUGAUGCCUCUCGACCUCUAUAAAUUGUGGCGAUAUCGUCCGUGGCUGCUAGGGGAUGCGGUUUGUAAAUUGUCCCAGUUUGUCAGCGAGGGCUGCACUUUCUCCUCCAUCUUACACAUGACUGCUCUGGGAGCCGAGCGUUACCUGGCUGUUUGCUUCCCUCUGAGAGCCCGCCUCCUUGUGACCCGGGGUCGUGUGCGUGCCCUUAUAGCCGGUCUGUGGGUGGUAGCGUUGCUCAGUGCUGGACCAGUAUGGGCAUUGGUGGGGGUGGAGCAGCUGGACGAGGGCGGAGUCACUGAGUGUAGAUGUACACAGUACGCCUUGAGCUCCGGCCUCCUCGCGGCCAUGUUAUGGCUGUCAAAUCUCUAUUUCCUGAUACCACUCUGCCUCCUGUCUCUUCUCUAUGGCCUCAUCGCCCGAAGACUCUGUCUGCGGCGCCACACCCACAGAGAUAACGCCCACCGCCAGACCCUCAGGAUGAUGGUGGUGAUAGUGUUGGCGUUUGUGUUGUGCUGGCUGCCGUUUCACAUUGGUCGUACCCUCUUCUCCAUGUCUGCGGACUCCAGUCCAGACCUGUACUACAUCAGUCAGUAUUUUAACCUGGUGUCCUUUGUGCUCUUCUACCUGAGUGCUGCAAUUAACCCUCUGCUCUAUAACAUCAUGUCAGUGCGCUACAGAUCAGCAGUGCGCAGUCUGCUGAACAUACACACGGGCCUCACAGAUGAGCUCAACCAUAGGGCCCACCCCUCCCCUCUCACACCGUCGCACUCUAGCACACACCUCUGA